AUGGAGGCAUCUCUGCUCGCGACUGGGACCCGCUCGCCGCGUUUCGCGUCGCGCGCUCGUGUCGGAACUGCAGGCGCAACCACUGCCGCUGCUGCUGCCAGCUGGCAUGGCACCGCGGCACGGUGCGGGGUCGCGGGGCGCGUUGGCGUAGGAUGGCAUCACAGUAACGGUCGUGAUAGUAGCGGGGAUAAUGGUUACGGCCAUAGUGGCAACAAUCACAGUCGGUAUCCGCAACUCCGCAUCACGAGCGCGAGAGGGCAUGUCGGGCGCGCGCGGAGGAGUGCGCGCACGACCCUGACAGGCCAAGCUUGCGCUUGGGGCGCUUGGUCCUUCCCCCUCCGCCUCCCCUUCCGCCCUCCUCUGCUCCGUUCUCCCUCCGAUUCAGCCUCCUUCUCUCCCCCCUCGCCACUUUUGCAGCCCCAACCACGAACCUAUUCCCGUCGCCUUCCUCCGUCCCGCACCCGCGCCGGCUCUCCCCCUUCGUCCGAUCCCCCUUCGUCCGAUCCCCCUUCGUCCGAUCCCCCUUCGUCCGAUCCCCCUUCGUCCGAUCCCCCUUCGUCCGAUCCCGCUCCGGAUUCUCCCCAAAAUCCUCCGUCCUCUGACCGCCCCAUUGCCUCCUCCUCUUCAGAACCCGUAUCUUCCUUUCCGCGCAACCCUCAACCUCCUCCUACUGAUCCUCCCCCCAUGUCCCCCCCGCCGCCCCCCGUAUCCCGCUCUCCGUGCUCUCUCCUCCUCCCCGUCUCGCUCGCCGCAUGGUUGCUCCUCCUCGCCAUCUCCGCCUGGCUUCUCCCCCUCCUCCCCCUCUUUUUCCCCCGCGCCUCUCCCCCACCUCCGCCACUCCUCCCCCCUGCGCCCUCCGUCCACUCCCUCGCCUCACUCCCUUCCCUCCCUUCACUCCCCGCGCUCCCCUCCGUCCCCCUUGCGCCAGUUCCCCCUCCCGCCUCCUCCGUCCCCGGCGCCCCCCUCCGCGCCCCCUUCCCGCGCUUCCCGCACCUCGUGGGCCUGGUAGACGACACGGAGCCGCUCUUCGCGGAGGCGGCGCGGCAGAUGGCGCUCACGGGGGACUGGGUCACGCCGCAGUUCAACGCACACCCGCGCUUCGACAAGCCGCCCCUCUCGUACUGGCUCAUGGGCGCCGCGCUGAGGAGUCUGGGCGGCGGCGCGUUGCUGGGCGCAGCAGGCGGAGCGGCAGGAGCGGGAGUGGCAGGAGCGGGAGUGGCAGGAGCGGAAGCAGCAGCGGAGGCGGCGGCAGCAGGGGUAGCGGCGUUGCCAGCCAUCACCAUCGCGCCCAUAUUCGCGCUCUCCCUCGGCCCCUUCCUCUGGGGCUCUGUAGCAGUCUCAGACGCGCCUUUCCUCGCCACCACCGCCACUGCCGUCCUCGCCUUCUUCUGGGCCUAUGCCUCUCAUGACCCUCAUGACGAGAGGCAUAUGCAUACGCAUAGGCAACACAAUCCCCCAUCUCACCAGCCUUCUCACCGCCGCUCCUCCCACGACGACACCUCCCACCGCGCCUUCCCCCGCUCCUCCCCUCACUCCGCAUCCCACUCUCCCCCCCGCUCCUUCCCCAGCUCUGCCCUCUACCUCCUCUCUGCGCUCUCCCUCGCAGCAGCCUGCCUCACCAAGGGUCCCUUGGGCGUCCUCCUCCCCUGCCUCAUCCUCUCCCUCUUCCUCACCCUCUCCGGAACCUUCUCCCUCCGCUCCCCCCUCGCCUUCCUCUCCUCCCUGCGCUCUUUCCUCUUCUUCCAACUCCCCUUCUUCCCAUGCCUUCUCCUCUUUCUCCUCACCGCCCUUCCGUGGUUUGUCGCUAUGGGAAAGAGGCACGGGAGCAUGUAUCUGAGCACGUUCUUUGGGUACCACCAUUGGGAGAGAUUCGCUAAGGGAGUGAACCACCACGGGAACAGGCCAGUUCUGUACCCGUUUUUAGCCUGCCUGCUGCUGUAUUUCCCGUGGUCCCUGCUCUUCCCCCCUGCCUUCCUACGCACAGCCACUGCUGCUGCUCGAGCAGUCUUGGAUAGGCACGGGUGGAGGAGAGAGGCAGAACAAGAGAAAGAGAAUGGAAUCAGGGAGACAACGGUCGUUGGGGGUAUUUCGAGGCGUGGGGAAGCAGGGGAGGAGGCAAGGGAGGGUACAGGACAGGGCUCAAGACAGGAGAGAAGGCAGGGGAGGAUACAGGAGAGGGGGAAUGAUCUGGUGCUACUGGGUUUGGCGUGGGUGGUGUCUGGUUUCGGCUUGCUUGCUCUCUCUCGCUCCCAGCUCCCCUCCUACUACCUUCCCAUCGCACCAGGUGUCGCAAUCGUAUUGGCCGCGGGACUCCUGAGACCAAACCUGCCGCAGAGCGACUCUCAUGAUUCACAAACCGUCUCACACACCUGGAAACCGUCCCAUUCUCCUACCAACCUGGAACCCACACAUCCCUCCAGAUUACCUACACUCUCUCUCCAUCCCUCGCCUCCUCCUCUUCCCCCUGCAGGCACCCCCCUCUCUGCCUUUCUCUCGGCAUCUGUCUUCUCGCUUCUCUCUCUCGCCUUUGCACUACUGCAGCAGUCCAUUAUCGGAGACCCCAAGGCAGUGGCUAUAGUUGCAGUGAUUGUAAGGGAUCAGCUACACUGGCGCGCUUCUGUGCUCUUUGCUGCUGCCGCUGCUGCCUGCGCUGCUGUUUCAGCUCUUGCUGUUGCUACCGUCGAAGCCUCCUACCUUCCGCCCUCCCCAUCCUCCUCAACCCCUUCCUCCCUUUCCUCUCCCUCCUCCUCUCCGUCCUCCCCCUCCUCUCUCCGUUCCACCUCCCACAACUUACCCCUCUUGCUCUGCCUCUCCCCUGUCUCCCCUCUCCUGCCUAUCCACUCAGCGCUGGUCCUCCUGCUGCUGCCGCUCUUCCUCCGCCCCUCGCUCCUCAUAGCAGACUCGGUGCUGCAGCGCCCCUCCAGGGACCUUGCUCUCACUGCGGCCUCCCUGCCGGCCCCUGUGCAGUCACACUUGGGAAGGGCAGGCUCGGGUAGAGCAGGGAAUUCGAGAGCAGCAGCAGCGGCGGCAGAAGCAGCGGCAGCAUCAGCACUUCCAGCACCAGCAGCAGCAGCACCAUCACCAUCACCAGCAACACCAGCAGCAGCGGGGGAGGCGAUGGUGAUGGUGGGUGCGCGCAUGCCCAGCGUGGUGUUCCAUUCCCAACGACCCGUGGCCUUUGUGGAGUCACAGCAGCAGGCACGCAGCGUGCUUGAGGGGCUUGCUGCGAGGGUGAGAGCGCAGCGAGAGAGGACCGGGGAGGUGAGCGAGGUAAGGAAUGGGAAGAGGAGUGGGGAGGGGAGUGGGGAGGGGAGUGGGGAGGGGAGUGGGGAGGGGAGUGGGGAGGGGAGUGGGGAGGGAAGAGGGGAGGGCAAGAGAGCGGAGGGGAGUGGGGGGAGCAGGGGAGUGGAAGGGGGAGGGGUGGAGUCGGUAUUGGUGCUGGCAGAAGAGACACACGUGGGGGCUUUGCUCUCCUUACCAUCCUACCAAGGCACUGUCAUUGCACGGCAACCAGGCUACGCCUUGCUUCGCCUCCGCAUUCUCUCCCACUCUCACUCUCACUCACACUCUCACUCUCACUCUCACUCUCACUCUCACCCUCGUAGUGACCUUUGA